AUGGCAUUGGACAUCAAAGCACGCUUCGCCUCAUACACAGAGCGAUGGAUGCUGCUUUGGAUCGGCGCCAAAUGCCUCUUCGCCGAGCUCUUCUCCGACGGGUUUAGCAACCUCCUGGACCGUACAUUCGCCAAACUAUACACUUCUCUCAGCCACGACUUCGCCAAAUGCGAAGCAGACCUGAGCCCCGUCCCCCGCUACGUCGCAUUGGCUGACGGAAUCACUCUCGAGCUCGGCCCAGGCUGCGGGACCCAACUUCCCCGAAUGAAUGCGAAAGCGCUCACGCACGUCUACGGCAUUGAGCCGAAUACGGAGAUCAUUCCGGCUUUGCAAGAAAAGGUCGAAAGCCUGCCUGAAAUUCGGCCAAUCUACACGACCAUCAAUGCCUCCUUUGAGGACGAAGCGGCACUGAAAGCUCACGGCAUUGUUGAAGCUAGCCUCGAUACGAUAGUCUGCAUGCAGGUGAUGUGCUCGGUUCCUGAUGCUGUGAAUGCAGCGAAAAGGGCUCACAGGCUUUUGAAGCCCGGUGGCCAGUUCUUGUUCUGGGAGCAUACCGCCAAUUUCUGUCAGCUGAAUGUAUCAGGUCUCUGGAACAUCAUCUGGUCGCCUCUCUUGGGUGGCUGCGCCAUGGGCGUUGACGUCGAGACGGCGAUCAUGAACGCCGGACCUUGGGAUAUUGUUGAGCUUGGGAGGGAUGAGGGAUCCGAGCGGCCCUAUAACCUGCUCCCGAGAGUUUGGGGUCGCUUGGUGAAGGUAGAGCAGUGA